GCAGCUCUACCGCAAGCUGCCUCGACAACUCGCCAGGACUGCGAACUCAUAUACCGACGCCAAACUGGCAGACUCCCAGCAACUAUCGGCAUCUAAGCUGCACACGAUACCCUCAUUACCACUUCCCGGCUGACUUGAGACUGGCCCAGCCCCGUCUCUGCCACCCACGCAGACUCUCACAGAAGCACGACCAAGGCAGGCCCGAACGUGUCCACCAAAAGCUCAGCUGGCAUUGCAACGUUCUGUUGGGACCCCGUGAGAUAGGCUACAAAGCUCGACUCCAGACCAAGAUCAACACUCUACGCCAUCGUCGCCGCGCGCACUCGAGAGACUUCAGAAGACAGUGCAGAGAGGCUCGCGCCAGACGUACCAACGAGAAGAAGCGGAAGCUGAAGCGCAAGGUUUCCAAGGUUGCGUCGAGCCUUUGAAAAUAGCAAAGACACUGGGAAUACGACGGAAGCUGAAGGGCUAGGAGCUUCUUCUCAAGAUCUGGGUGGGCAAGCAAAAAGAGCUACUGCGCCUACGAAGCAACCGAAGUUCGGCUCGACUGAAAUCGUACGGACAACGUGCAAAGGGCAAAUCUGCAAAACUCCAUUCAAAACUGCUCAAAUCACUCUGAGCUCGACAUCCUCAUAUCACCAUGGAGGACCGCCUUUUCCGAUAUCGCUUCCCGCGCCCACAGUGGCUGAACAGCGCCAAUACGAGAACGGCUGGUGUUUAUACCUCAGGGGCGUUGUUCGCCAUUGCGCUUUUCGUGCUCAUUGAUGCAUCCGUCUACAGCAACGGCAAUCAGAAUGGAUCAGAUCUGCACCUCAAUUUCGUGGACUGGAUCCCAGGCAUUUUCUCCUUCCUCGGCAUGGUCGUCAUCAAUAGUAUUGACAAGACACGCCUCUCUGGUGAUACAUUUGCUUACUCUGGCGAUGGCGUAGCAUGGAAGGCUAGAGUAGUUCUGUUCAUGGGUUUCGCCGCCAUGGCCGGAGGUCUGGCAGGUGGGGUAACCAUCAUGGUCAUCAAGUAUGUCACUCAGGACGCCAAGGGCAUGCAGUUGUGGUUUGGCGUGUCCAACCUGGUUGCGAAUGCGCUGGUUAUGCUGAGUUCUGCGGUGCUCUGGGUCAGUCAGAAUAUGGAAGACGACUACACAUACAACCUGGCCCUAUAGCCUCAACGGCUCUUUGCUUCCCGAAAUUAGUAUCUGGUGCUUGUACCUAUAUCCAAUUUAUCUACCUGUAACGUUCAAAUGCUACUCACGUGCAUGAUUUACAGCUCCGAGUGAAGUGAGGUGAGCUUUGUGGCCUUAUGAGCUGACUGUCGCCAGGUCACGAGGUGCUACGAAGUACCUAGCUUCACUUACGCCCUCACUCCAGCUAUGCUUGCGGCCGUCUCGAACUGCCUGCUUGCCUUGUAUAAAAUUCAUGCGGCCACCCUCCACUUUCUUUCAGACUUGCAAACUUUGCAUCGAUUUUUUCAACUUCGCAUCCGCAACCACAAC